AUGUCUGAACAAGCUGAACAAGUACUCGGACCUUUUUCUACGCCUGCGACCUAUCACCCAAUUGUUCAGGGGCUGUUGAGCAUGGUUAAACGCAAUAACUGGGAGGACAAAUUUGUGAAGGCAGUCUCUGACGCUUAUAAUUCAGGCGUCGAAGAAAUGACUAAUAUAAAAACUUUGACUGACUACUACAAUUAUCUUCAUUACUUUUUGUUUUGGGUGCCUGUAGAGAAUAAUAUAGGAACUCUCGUUCACAAUAUGAUGAGCACUAUGUAUUACGUUCUUGAUCAGGAAUCUGUCAGACCGCUUCAGUCACCCAUUAAGCCUUCAUCAUAUCCACCACCACCACCAUUGACAGAGCUAUCGCAAUGGAUAGUCUAUUUUUCCUAUGCUUUAGGUCAAUUUCUCAAUACACCUCAAUCACUUACCGAGGAAUCUUUACGGACUUUUUAUAAUACGGAGAGCUACAAUAUGAACAUUUAUGAGGCUCCCAGAAAUGGCUGGCGUACUUUUAACGCUUUCUUCGCGCGAAAACUCUUGUCAGGUGCCCGACCCAUCGACAGCCCUUCCAAUCCAGCGGUUAUUGUAAGUCCUGCAGAUUCAACGUUCAAUGGCUCUUGGAAUAUCAGAAAUGAUUCAAUUGUCGUUUUAAAAGACCUCCCUUGGACCAUUGGCGAGUUGCUUGCAAACAGUCAGUACAAAGAUGAAUUUGCCGGUGGGAUAUUUAUGCACUCAUUUCUUGUACCAUACAACUAUCAUCGUGUGCAUACUCCUGUCGAAGGUAAAGUGCUCGAAGCUAAGGUUAUUCCAGGACAGACCUAUUGUGAUGUUACUGUUAAAAAAGACACCAGAGGAAAAAUGACUCUCAAGCCUAGUCGAAAAUUUCUAAGAACAGACGAAAUCGAUGUACCAGACCCUCCGGGGUAUCAAUUCUGCCAGACUCGCGGUCUGAUUGUAAUUGAUUCACCAAAAAUUGGAAAAGUGGCUAUUUUACCAGUCGGUAUGUCUCAGGUGUCUUCUGUGGUCCUCACUACUAAGCUAGGGGCUGAAUUGAAGAAAGGAGAUGAGAUAUCUUAUUUUCAAUUUUGUGGAUCUAACGUUUGCCUCUUGUUCCAAAAGCAGAGCAAAGUUGAAAUACCUGCUAAAGACGGUGAACAUUAUAACGUGGGCAAACAGAUUGCAAUUGCCCACAUUACUGAAUAG